AGCCCUGGCUACACCGUGAGCCGCUCCCGGCGUUUCGUUCUCCCCUGGGCCUCAUCCUCGGAGCGGCUCCCUGUGAGCGGAGAGUCCGCAAUGGUUUGGAGCCUUUCAGUCAAGGGACGUUGUAAUCAUGAUUCAUUGCACCACUGUAAUCACAGAUAAUUAUGGGAUGUGCUGCUCACUGCUGUGCUGUGUCAGGAGAUGGACUGGGACCAGUUUGACUUGAACCCCAAAACAGUUGCUGCCCUGAAAAAAGCUGACAUAAAAUCAGUAAAAGAGAUUUUAAACCUGUCUGGAGCAGACUUGCAGAGAUUGAUGAAGCUCCCCAGUGCAGACAUCCAGUGCCUGCUGAAAACAGUCUCUCACACACUGAGGAGGAACAGCAUGCUCACAGCACUUCAGCUCUACCAAGAUAAAGAUAAUUUCCCCUCCCAGCACCAGAGGCUGAGCCUGGGAUGUUCACUGCUGGACAACUUGUUAAAAGGUGGCAUUCCUUUAGUGGGAAUCACAGAGCUUGCUGGGGAGAGUUCUGCUGGGAAGACUCAGAUUGGUUUACAGCUGUGCCUGUGUGUGCAGUAUCCUCACAAGUAUGGUGGAUUGGAGUCUGGAGCUGUCUACAUUUGUACAGAAGAUGUGUUCCCAAGCAAACGUUUGCAGCAGCUCAUAGAUCAACAGCAUAAGCUGCGUGCAGAUGUUCCAGCUGAAAUCAUACAGAAGAUCAGAUUUGGAAACAGUAUUUUUGUUGAGCAGGCAGCAGACCUGGACACCUUCCAGCAGUGCAUCACGAGGAGGCUGUCCCUGCUGCUGGCUCGGGGCAUGGUGCGCCUCGUGGUCAUCGACUCCAUGGCCGCCCUGUUCCGCGGCGAGUUCGGCCCUGCCGAGGCUGCUCUCAGGGCUCGCUACCUGCAGACCUUUGGGGCACAGCUGCACAGCUUGAGCACCAGGUUCAGGACUCCCAUCGUGUGCAUUAACCAGGUGACGGAUGUGGUGAGUGAGUCGGAAGCUGCUCAGUGCAGUUGUAGGGUAGUGGGUAGCAGAGUCACUCCAGCACUUGGAAUAACCUGGUCCAAUCAGCUGCUGAUGAGACUGAUGGUCAGGCGGGUCUCCCUGCCCGGACACUCACCUGGAGCUGCGUCACACUUCGCUGGAAGCAGGAGGACUUUAAGUGUUGUUUUUGCUCCUCAUCUCCCUCCAUCCUUUUGCUACUAUACAGUACAGUUGGAAGGUGUGAAAGGAACAAAGUAACACUUUUGCAUAGUAAAGUGUCGUGCUCCAAAAAUGUAUCAGGACUGCUUCAGGAAGAAUGAC